UGCGGUUAUUGCUGUUUCCACUUUAUCCUAUGUUUUGUCAUCACCUUUUUGUGCUGUAGAGCACAGUAUAGAAGUGCAACAAAGACUCAGUUCCUGUCAAUAGUAGUAUGUGUACGCGGAAUUUGGCGCGGGUAGUACUGAGUGGAGUCAGUGGCAUCAGUGUCUGCGUCGCGAACCAAGUGCACUGUCGCGCAAAUAACACUCGGCAUUUCUUGGUUUCUAGGUCUUUUGUGACACGUAGAAUGAUGGAAAGUGUAACGGUGCAUCCGUUAGCAACUGAUCCUGACAUCGUGGCUGAAAGAGACAAGUACUUGAACAUGCCAACGUCGGAACGUCGACGCCACUACAAAACCAAGAAGUUUGUGACGCUCGAAGAUAUUCCAGACUGGCCAGCUUACAGCAAAGCGAAGAAUAUUACCGCCAGCGGCUCGGGGAAGUGGUCGAAGAGGUACGACUUGAGCAGCAAGGUCUCCAUGUUUGUCGGUGACAUCACGGCAUUGGAAAUUGACGCCAUCGUCAAUGCAGCUAAUAACGCCAUGCUUGGUGGGGGUGGAGUGGACGGAGCAAUCCACCGUGCAGCAGGCCAUAAGCUCGUAGAGGAAUGUAAAAUGCACAACGGAUGCGCAACGGGAGAUGCCAAGAUCACGGGUGGCUACGACCUACCUGCAAAGUACGUGAUUCACACAGUCGGACCUGUUGGUGAAAAGGAGGCGAAACUUCACAGCUGUUACCUGACUUGCCUGGAGACCAUGAAGGCCAAUCGUCUUCGGACACUGGCGUUUCCCUGCAUAUCUACUGGAGUUUACCAUUAUCCAAACAAGGCAGCAGCCCAUGUAGCGCUCUCAACGACAAGGGAGUGGCUUGAAGUGGAAGAUAACGCGAGCAAGGUGGACAGGAUAAUAUACUGUUUGUUUCUGGACAAAGACGUCAGCAUAUAUGAGGAACUGCUGCCAGAGUAUUUUCCUCUUUGAGUCCUCCGUCAACCUGAGUGUUAGAACACAAAGGAAACUAGUAAUUUUGUGGUGAAAGUUUUGUUCUCAGUUCAAAGGCAAAAUGUAAGGUGCAUUCCCUCUAAAAGUAAUAAAAGUUUGUGCCAGCUGUG